GGCUCUCACAUGGUUUCCUACCUCUUCCACCCACUCUUAACUCUCCAUUGCUCUCUACAUCCCAAUCAGGGUAACAGCCUUCCUAAAUCCAUUUCUCCACAAUACUUGCUUGUAGUUGAUCAUCAAUAGUUUUAAGGAGAGAAUCCAUGGAGUCUAACAAGAAGUACUUACAAAUAGCCAAGUUAAUUACCAUGUUUCUUUUACUUCUCAUCACUCCUCUAUUAUCGACGUCGAUGAGACAACCUUAUCUUUAUUUUCUUCUUAAUAUUCUUAUCAUUGUCGUAGCUGCUGAGGCUGGUCUUCUUAGCUCUUUCAAUAAACCACCAACUCAUGAGGAAGACAGCAAGCAGAUCAAGUAUCAACCUGCUGUUGUUGCAUCCCCAAAACCUAUUAGUACUUCCACCAUUAAUACCACAAAUACUGCUUACUUUGUCGAAACCUCCCCAAACAUUAAUGAAACUCGCAGAGGCUUGCUCAGCAACUUGUCACCAAGAUCUGGUCAUGAUCAAGGUAAUAAUGAAAGAAAGUUGACGUAUAGAACAGUUGAGAAGUCCAAGUCUGAGAAGAUUGUCAAAGCUGUUAAACUUGUUCGGUUAGUGAAGAGAAUUCCCUCUACACCGAGUCUUUUCUUCAUUGGAAGUACCGACUUUACUGGAGAGGCUGAUCAUCAACAAGAAGUCGAAGAUCCAAGCUACCAGUUGACAGAGAAUGAAGGAGACAAAUAUCAAGUAGAGGAGAUUGAUGCUCUAAGCGGACAAGAGCUUUAUUCGAAGGCGGAAAUGUUUAUUGGGAACUUUUAUAAGCAGUUAAAGAUGCAAAGGGAGGAUUCAUGGAAGAAACUUCAUGAUAUCUAUCAUAAGGCCUUUUGACGAUGAUGCAUGUGUGAGUAAGCAGGCUAAUUAAUUGCUUCAAUCACAAAACAUAGUCUACACUGAUUAGUUAUAUAUCAAGUCAAUUAGAAAUCUCAGUAGCUUAUUGGUUGGUGAGCAAGAUUGUUAUUGUUGAAGAAGAUGACGAGAGUUAGGGUUCUACUGAUGUUUGAUGCAUCAAGCAGCAUGCAUGCAUGCAUGAUAUAUCUGUAGGUUUAUGGUUGUUUUAUUUCCUUCUCUUUCAUCUUCUUUACUAUAUUUAAUUUGAUGUAUAUAACGCAGUUAUUUUCUCUAGCUAGAUAGGAAUAAAGAGAUGAUCAAAUUCUUUUCAUAUAAUUUGGUCAUUCAUUCCUUCUGUUCAUUUAGUGUUGUCAUCUUCGUAUGAGGAGUCUAUUGUAAUGUGCACACAAAUGAUUAAUUUGUCUCUCAGUUGUGUAUUGUCACGUACUUAAAUGCAAUCAUGUAUUAUGAC